AUGUCUCAACCUUCGCAAGCCAACCAAAUCAACCCUUGCGCUCCAGCUGCAAUCCGACAAUGGAUUGAAGACCAAGGUCAGCGCCCCAAAGCCGCUGAUAUCCGAUGCGAGUGUUAUCGCCGCCGCAUCGGUUUUGCGGAGAGACACAGCAGUCCCAAUGAUAUCAACUCGCGUUCCAACCUUCACCGCGCGUUCUGCGAAAACCCCCAAGACAGAUACGCAGUGUGGACGGAUUUCGUGUUGGACUUGCAUGAUUCGGUGUCCGCCAUGUCGCGGAUGUCUGAUGGACUCUUCGUCGCUUUCGCUGUUCGCCCAGAUUGGGAUCCUUCCACUACCUUCAAUCCAUCGCGCAUUGAUAUCAACACCUUCACUAGCUACCACGCAGACAUCAAGCCGAGCAUUCAGACUACCAUCAAGCGGCUCGAGGACAUCUUUCGGAAGGAGAUUGCAGAGGCGCACAUCAGGUCUUAUGGCCAAAGACUUCGCUCUGUAACGCCUGGCACCGGGUAUGUCGUCGUUGACGGUCGUGCUCAAAUGCCCGAGUUAUCUACUACUCCCCCCGCCCCCUCGUCCUCGCAGCCAGCUCCACCCAAGUCACGAUCGGAUGCUCCAAUUGUACCACCACCCUCCUCCGCUCCUCCGCGCCUCGUUGCGUCUUCCUCUGCUCGCAACGUCUCCAUCUCUGCCUCGUCCACCACCUCUACCACCCUGUCAUCAGUAUCAAGUCUCUCAACCUCAACUUCGGCAUCCGGCCCCAAGGCAGUUCCCCCUCGUGCGUCGACCUCAACCCCACCUGCUUCCCGCAUCCAAGGGCGUCCAACAUCUCAACCUGCCCAGACUCGAUUACGGCUUCAGCUCUCGCCAUCUCCAGCUCCUUCGGCUGUCACUCCUGCGCCCGUCAUUCCUGCACCCGUCACUCCGACUUCAUCUCGCCGUCAUUUGCAGCCACGCCCUCCGCCCAUCACCACUGUUGUCGAGACCAACGAGGACUCGUAUUUCACAGAUUCGGAUGUAGAACCACUCACCCCUCUUCCGUCCACGCCUGUCUAUGCGCCAUCUUACCGUGCUAGCACCAUUCCGACUUCCACUGCAUCUCCCUCACCGCCACCAUCGCCUACCCCAUCCCCUCGUCAUCGGUCUGCCACAUGGAAGGGCAAGAAGGCGGUAGAAGCCCCUGUCUCCACCUCAUCGGCUGCGACCGGCGACGGUCUUCUGGCCAGGGCUGCAGACUUCAUAUCCGGUCUCGGGCUUGGUGCCGACGCCCAAGCGUCUGUCGCGGGCGCCAUGAAGUUCAAGAGACACCUUUGGGUGGCUCUCUUUAUGGAGGCUGUAAUGGCGGAAUCAUCGACCGGUGCCUCCUCACGGCCCAAACGAACAACGGAACAGAUUCAAGAAGGCUACCAACGGUACCAACAGCUCAUGCAAGCCAUUCAAAGUCUCCGCGGCAUCAUUCUGCAAGGUAUUGCGGGCAUAUGCAAUGACUACGGGCGGACUCCCGAGUGGGUCUCGACUCAGGUCUACCUUGGGGCUGGCAACGUUCCUCGCACCGAGACCAAACCGAAUGGCUUCGGCGCGUUUCUGUCGCACACGUAUGCGACACAGGUUGCUAACGGAGAGACCCUCCCAGCCGGAGCUGGGGCAAUGACAAGUGUGUCCCAGUCGGCGGCUCAAGCUUGGCAUGCCCUUUCGGACGAGGAGAAACAGGAGUGGAGCAGGCGCUCCCGGCAAAACCAAGAAGGGGCCAAGAAGAAGGUUAAAGUUGUCAACGCUGAGCAUGUAGCAAACGCCAUCGAAACUACGUUCACCCGGAAGAUCGACCCUUGCGUUGCUGAGAUCACCCAGAGCACCGGCUGCGCUGUCCUCUACCUUGUGACUCGCGACAAAGUUACCGACCAGUACAGGCCCCGUAGUUUUGCCUCCCCGCGCGUCGAGGCCGCCUUGAUGUAUCUAUUCAAAGUCAAUCCGCACGAGCUGGCCAUGCGCCUCGACGCGUACGUCACCGGUGGUAUCACCGGAGUGACUCGCUACACCGGGGACCGCCGCGUCGGCGUCUUGAGGAAGUCAAUUCGAGAGAUGAUAUUACAGAAGCUUCGCAAUAUCCUGAGGACGGCACGCAGUGUCGUAUACGAGGAGCUUCCAACCUUCAUGGAGUGGGCUAAUUACGAGAAGUGGGUCAUCGAGUACGGCGUUGAGCUCCAUGGCUUUCCGGGCGGCGCUGUCAAGAAUCCGAGCAACGUCUCCACCAUCCCCAUGUUGACUGAGAUCGAGGCUGCCAUCACGCAGGGUGAGUGCUUCUGGCGGGUGCUCGAGCCGGAGGAAUGGGAGAGACGCAAGGCCGACGCACACAAGCGCGUUCUUGCGGAGCGGCCAUCAAACAACGCGACCACAGGCAAGAGGAAACGGUCGAAGACAGACCACCCCACUCCACCUGCCUCUACCGGGGCGCUCGACUCCAUGCCGCCGACGCCCACUCUGCACUUGACAACGCCAACCAUCUUGCCAUCACCAUCAUUGCUGCUGCCGCCGCCGUUCCCGGAACACCUCGACGCCUCGGCGUUGUCGUAUGAUUUCCAAUCAUCCGAUCAUUCCGGCUUCGUGACAAACCCGGCGUUUGGUACCGAGCAUACUACCUCAUUUAGCGUAGAUUACGCUCCCGAUUCCACGUCGUAUGAUUCUUCAGGCUCCGGGCUUUACACUUUCUCUUCCUCUAAGUCGUUUACUGAUCUUCUCAAUGAGUAA